CGUUGAUGGGGUUUGUCCUCGUGACGUCACAGCGGUCUGUGCUUUGACCCACUGGAUCGGUUGUGGCGAAGAGGCGGCGCGCCGGAAAGCUAAAGGAUAGCAAGAAACUAGCAAUAAUCAAAACCAAACUUUAGGGCCUCCAUCCGCGUUCAUCCUUUAGAUUUCAACGCAGGACGUCUAUAGGUGUCUGCAAAGUGAUUCCCGAGGGACGGAGGACUUGCAAACGCUUGGUUAUGCGAGCGAAGUAAGCGUUGUAGCCUCGUCAACUUGGCUAACAUUAGCUAAAAUUAGGCCCAGCUAGUGCAAGCCGUGGAUCUUUUCGCUAGCAAAAGCAAAACAAGGAAUGAGUGAUGACUUCUGUGGUAGUGUCAGACGGUGGAGGGAACAUAGUGGAGUAUGUCACUGUGGUGGAGGAACCCCAGCAGUGUGAGCAGCAUCCGAUUGAGGAGGAGGAGGAGGAGGAGGAAGAAGAAGAAGUGGUUCAGCAGGAGGUAGAGGCAGUGAUCAUGGAGGGCGGCGAGGAGGUGGAGGAAGAUGUGGAAGAGAAAGAAGGUGUGGUGCUGCAGGAAGAGGGCUGUCCAGCUGUAAUCGUGGAGGAGAUGCCCAGCGCCCAGGUGGAGGAGUGCUACUCAGCCCAGGUCCUGGUCUACGAUGACGAGACAUAUCUGAUGCAGGACGUGGCUGAGGAGCAGGUGGUUGUCACUGAAGUGGCUGAGACUGUGGAGAUGUCGGGUCAUGACAUGGUGUGUUUUGACAAAACAUUUGAAGCAGCUGAAGCUCUUCUCCACAUGGAGUCUCCUGGAGGACUGCACAGUGAACGCAACACAGCAGAGGAUGUGAUGAUGGAGACAGUGGUGGAGGUGUCUACAGAGUGUGGACCCAUAGAGGAGGAGUCCUUCCCUAUCCCGCCUGAAUGUGAACCUGCUGCCAAGAAGAAGAGAGGAGCAGGUGGACGUAAGCCCAAGUCACACCAGCCUACUUCCAAUGGAUCCUUUGACCUGGGGAUCAAGAAGAGACCAAGGGAGGGCAAAGGCAACACCACCUAUCUGUGGGAGUUCCUGUUGGAGCUGCUGCAGGAUAAAAACACCUGUCCUCGGUACAUCAAGUGGAUGCAGAGAGAGAAGGGCAUCUUCAAACUGGUCGACUCCAAGGCUGUGUCCAAACUAUGGGGGAAACACAAGAACAAGCCCGACAUGAACUACGAGACCAUGGGCCGAGCCCUGAGGUAUUACUACCAACGUGGCAUCCUGGCGAAGGUAGAGGGUCAGCGUCUGGCCUACCAGUUUAAAGACAUGCCUAAGAACAUUCGCGUGAUCGAUGAGGAGGAGGAGGGCGAGGAGGUGGAAGACAGUGAGGGCGUGGUGUCUGGCCAGCACCUGGUUCACCAGCAGGGCCCUGCCAGCCUGGGCACCAACUCCCCUGCUGCCACCCAGCCUCAGCAGACCUACGUCACUGUCAUCCCCAGCAAUGCCACCACCAGGCCCAUCCGAGCCAUGCCAGUGGUCAUGACCAACUCACUAGGUCAGAUGACGUUAAAUUCCUCGCCCAUUCUCACCACCACGGGGGUCCCGGUAACGGUUGCUAACGCCUCCGCCAGUGCUACCCCCAAACUGGUGAUCCAGGCUCUGCCGACUGUGCUACCUGCCGGCUCCAAAGCAGGAGAGAAGAUCACAAUCAUCACCAUCCCGGCCAACCAGCUGGCCACUCUCAUGCAGGCCAACCCACCUGGCCAGGUCACGCAGCUCAUCCAGGCCAAACCUGUUUCUACACAGCUGGCACAGGCUGCUGCUAAACCUACACCCGGCACUGCGCCUACGGUCCAGCUAACGACGGGCCGGUCGGCGCCACAGCUCAUUCUGGCCAAGCCGGCGGCAGUGGCUCAGCCGUUGCCUCAGUUUCAGGUGAGCCAGUCUCACUCCGCCCUGCCCAAAAUACCCACCCAACCCUUGAAGCCCUCCAACUGUCAGCCUGAGGCAGCACAAUCAGAAGUAGCAGCAGAGGCUCCGCCCCCCUCCAGCCCACUAGCAGCAUCAGCAGAAACCCCAUCAUCCUGAGAACAUUGCCCUGAGCUGGGGCGGGGGGGGUUGUCACUGGGGACACUGCUGAGGAAGUGCGGGACACAUCCCACACCCCCCCCCCCGCCUCAGACCAGACCUACGCUCUCAUUGUCUCAGACUGUCAGCCUAAUGUUCGUCUCCAGGGAAACUGAGGCCCCACAAAGGAUUAAAGGGACUGUUGUACACACGCACGCAUACACACACAGAUCCUUCAGAGCUCAGAAGAUAUGGGCAGCCUUAGAUUGUACAUGAAAAAACUCCUUUUUGUAAUCAAACCUAAUAUAAAAAGUCUGACAAGACUUUGUUGUAAACAGAAAUGUAAAAAGCAUUUUUUGAUACUCAGCGGAUAUGUAUCAGUACAGACGUAGUUGGAGUUCACCUCUUUGUUUCCUCCUCUGUUUCAGUCUUUAAUGGUUUGUCUUCAGAGUUCUGUUACUCACAGCACUGUCACCUUCUCCCAACACUUAUCUCUUUUUGUACUGUUCAUAAAAAGGGAGUAAAAGGAUGUUUGCAUCAAGAUAAAAGAACUAAAUGGUGUGCUCCACAUUUGAAGUAUGAUAUACUAUUUUUUUCUUGUACUAUCAGUGUAUUGAAGUAGAUUUUACUGAAAUAUGUAUUAUAAAAAAAGACAAAUGUGAAUUAAAACUGUCUAAAGUUGUUU